AUGUUAGACGAAGUGAUGGCGCCAUCGUUCACCAAGAAAACGUCAUCGGCGUUCCCGAUGGAUUCACUGAUCUUCACAGUUCUUUUUAUUGCGCCAGGCGAUUCGGAGAUUGUGGAGCUCAACGGCCGGUAUUCCGAUUCAUACGAGGAUUUGGUUCAUCACUCGCUUAUGCUUAUUCUCUUGACCCAACUGCAUCGUUUCCUGGCUAUUCUCGUGACGCGAAGAUUCUCUGUUAUGGAUGGUCGGAUAGCGGAUCAGUAG